CAAAAAGCAGAUCACCAAAGGGCCUACAAGGAAGUCGACGAACACAUCAAAAACGUCGUUAAUAAAUUCGGUUCGUUCGUUCCGGCUCCAACCGAAAUAGCCAUAAGUGAUGUGAAACAGCAUUUGAUUGACAUGUUCCCGGGUGCUUACGCCUCAGAAGGUUCAGAGGCAACCGACGAGCAUCGGACAUGCACAUCUACGAGUUUCGCGGCAUUUUUCGAAAACGACAAUGUAACCGAUAUGGAACUUCCAGUUGACAAUGGUGACAACAGUGGUAAUGGUCAUUCAAUCCUAGAUGGGAAUCUGCUGACCAAUUCCGUCAUAACCGAAACUGCAGCGGAAAACUGCCAAAACCAAAUUCAUCAAAAGCGCAAAAGUGAUAACGGUAUGAUGGAAAAACAAGCCGAUCCAGAACCGAAUAAGAAGACCAAGGCCACUGAAAUGGGCAAUUCAUCACAGGAUGAUGAACACGACGUGAUCACCUUAGAUGAUGACGAUAAUAAGAAGAAAUUGCUUCACGAAGUAUGCGAAAUCUCGGUAAAAAUAGCUGACUACGAAAGAGUCAUUCAAAAUCUGAAGGAUCGAAAAAAGCGCAUUUCAGACCGAAUUCUCAAUAACUUAUAAACGGCCCUCCUACGUGGUCAAACUAUCUCAAAGCGAAAGAAGCAGAGAAACAUUACAUUAAUGAACAAAUGUCUAAAGAUAAACGAAGAAAUCAUAUUACUCAAAAUGAUCGAUCCUAACAAAAUGUAAUUUGAAAAUUAAAACAAGCAUUUUUUUUCUUGUUGUCACAUCCCUCUUUUCAGUUUAGAAACAUUGACGCUGUUCCAAAUUGAACAAAAACAUUCAAAGUUUCAGUCAUUUAAAAUUGCCGCUA